UCCCUUUUUCUUGUGAAAAAAAAAAAGAGAAAUUGAUUUUUAAAAAAUACAUUAUCAAAUCAAUCAUAUCAAGAAAAAAAAUUCUCUACAAACUCCAAAUUCAUGGGGGAAGCAGGUCGACCACUUCCAAAAUUUGGUGAGUGGGAUGUCAAUGACCCAGCUUCAGCUGAGGGGUUCACGGUAAUCUUUAACAAAGCUAGAAACGAGAAAAGGUCAGGUGGCAAGUCUGACUCGACACCAAAGAGUAACUACAAGCAUACAGCAACGCUUGGGAAGCCUCAAUCUAAGAAAUGGUUCUGCUGCUUGCGGUCUGGCGCUGCUGAAUGAUGAACUCUGUUUGCUCCUAGACACUGCAAUGGGACCUGAUGGAAUAAAACUGUCAUUUAUAAAUAACUGAAAUUACAGUUUUUUGCUACCAGAACAUAUUGCUUCAUCUGUGCUUGACUUUUUUCUAAUCUCGAGUUUGUUAUUGCUACAAUUAGUCGUAUCUUCCCAUUUUCUUACCAAGCCUAAGGAGGGUGGUGUUUGUUGUCAUGAC